GGAGGGGAGCCGGGUGGCAUCUUCAGUUGGAUAUUCGACUUCGUAAGAUUAACAGUUUUAAAAGAGUUUUAACCGAGAGGAUACACGACUAAGUGUUAAUAUUUUUUUCUUCCAAGCUUGAUCAAUUAAAGUUCAAUUAUUACAUAAGAUAAAAGAAGAUAACAAUGCGGUUGUCCACGGUGUUUGAGUUACUGCUAAUUUUUUUAUUGAUAGCCUUCGCGGCUUACGGAAGAGUUAUCGAUCGAGAUGAAGCUACGAGUCUCAGAAGAGUCGCUAGAGCUGCUGAAGGAAGGGUGAAACAAGGAAAUUUGGGUGUGUCGAUUAUGUCACUCAAGCAAGCCACUGAAAAUCUUAAUAAUUAUUGUAAAUGUGAUAACGAUGUUUGUCAAUGUUGUCGCGAUUUUCAUAUUCCUGUUGUAGUACUUAAAGGACCAGGCUGCGCCUCUAUAAGGUACUUUGAGAAAGAUAAUUUGGAAUUUCAGUUGAGUUUCGGUGAUAAUCUUUUGUCAAGCACCGUUGUUAAUGGUAAAAAACCUCGAACAAUUUGCGUACCGAUGCCUGGUGGUUUCUCCAAAUUCUGCGGAAGAAUAUACUCAAUUCAACGGGAAUCAGACAGUAAUUUCAAAGCAUGUCUCGGUUUAGAAUUACAAUCAAAUUAUGAAGUUGAAGCAUCACUUCGUGUUAGCUGUUUUAGUUUCGGUCCCGAGGGUUUGAAAUUACGCCCUGCGGAAGCUUUCCCUCCAACAGAACUAAGCGAGACUGAAGACGAAGAUGACGACGAUGACAUCGAAGCAAUAUUCGAUUACGAUGACGAAACCGACAACAAAAAAGACAUAAAUCAACUGCCGUCUAAAAACACCGCGGUAGCAGGUGGCAUUCAACCAGCUGACGAAGAAGAAGAAGAAGAUGAUGAUGAUGAUGAUGAUUAUUCAUUAGGCCUAGAUGCUAUUUUUGACAUCAUAACCGGAGAUGACGAGACUGAGAAGAAGAAGAAACCAGCUACUGUAGCUCCGUCACCUCUUACUGUUCUUCCACUUAUCAACAAACCAACUCGUAGACCGAUUGUUGCUCAUCCAACCACUAAAGCUCCUAAAGUUCAAGCCGAAACUUCGACUACUGAAGCACCGAUCGUCGAAAUCGUUGGUCCAGUUGGUUUCAGUGCUGAAAGUUCAACGGAGGUUUCUUUGAAAAACGAAACUGAAGUCGCGGAAGAAGAAACUACUGAAGCUAUCACCGAAUCUUCAGUAGCUUUAGAAGUAGAGUCCAGCACAUAUGUCUCUGAAAUGAGUGAUUCUAACAAGACAGAAGCAGUACUUGAAGCUGCUGCGUCUGAUGAUAACAAACAAGUUGUCAAAGUGGAAAAAGUGCCGGCGAUUAAAAAAAUAAUUGUCGGGGUUACUGAUAAGAAGACUAGUAUCACUUCAAACAGCGUUAAUGCGAUAAAAAACGACGUGAAGAAACCUGUAGCCAAACCUGCGAAGCCGGAUCUUGUUCCUAGUGCUGAUUCUCACAAUACUGAUAGUGAAAAUGAUGAUGAUACCGAAGAUAUUGAGGAUGAUGAUGAAGACGACGAAGAUUUGCUCAGUGAAGCUAUAAGUGACGACGAUGAUGAGGAAGAAGAAACGGAAACUAAUGAAGAUGAAGAAGAUGAUAAUGAUAAGCUCGAAGCUUCUUCAACGGAAGGUGACAUCAAACGACCAACUGAUGAUAAUCAUGAAGAAGUCAGUGAUGAAGAUUUACUCGAUGACGAUGAUGACGAUGAUGAUGAUGAGGAAGAAGCUAACUUGAUGUCCGAGAUUAUUGGUGACGAUGAUGAUGAUGAAGGUGAUAAAAAGAAGAAGAAGAAAAAUAAAAAUGUGUCGACUACUGAAGCUUCUAAAAAAGACGAAUACAGCAUCAGCGAUAUUUUGAACAGAAAAAUUAGCAGGCGUGGAAGACAAAGCAAGGUUAUGAGGCUGUAAAUUUAUUUAAAUUUUUUGCGUUGUAGAUUGAAAUUAUUUUACCACCGGACUAUAGUAGAAAAAUUAAUUGGGGGUUUUUGGUACCUAAGGUAUCAAGGAAAUUUAUAAUUUGGGUAGUAUUUAAUUAUUUAAAGUGCAACGAGUUAUAGGUCAGCCAUAUUUUAAUUACUAAACUCUUGUAAAAUAAUACAUGUAUUUAUUUAUUUAAUUAUUUAUAUAAUUAUUUAAUGUAUUUAAGUAAUAAAAUAAAAGCAAUGAUUAAUUUUUG